GCAGAAGGCGACCGCGCAGCGCGCCUGAGCGGGCGGGGGCCAUGAGUGCCUCCCGGCCCCAGUUCAGCAUCGAUGACGCCUUCGAGCUGUCCCUGGAGGACGCGGGCCCUGGGCUCGAGCCCAGCGGGGUCGCCCGCUUCGGGCCGCUGCACUUCGAGCGCCGGGCCCGGUUCGAGGUGGCCGACGAGGACAAGCAGUCCCGGCUGCGCUACCAGAAUCUGGAGAACGAUGAGGAUGGAGCCCAGGCCUCUCCGGAGCCAGAUGGGGGAGUCAGCACCAGGGAUUCUGGCCGAACAUCCAUCCGCAGCUCCCAGUGGUCCUUUAGCAGUAUCAGCAGCAGCACUCAGCGCUCCUACAAUGCGUGCUGCAGCUGGACUCAGCACCCUUUGAUCCAGAAGAACCACCGGGUAGUGCUGGCCUCCUUCCUGCUUCUCCUGCUGGGGCUGGUGCUGAUCCUGACCGGCGUGGGACUGGAGGUGGCCCCCUCGCCAGGUGUCUCCAGCGCCAUCUUCUUCGUGCCGGGCUUCCUGUUGCUGGUCCCAGGAGUCUACCACGUGAUCUUCAUCUACUGCGCCGUCAAGGGUCAUCGGGGCUUCCAGUUCUUCUACCUGCCCUACUUCGAGAAGUGAGCAACCGGCGGUAGACGGCGGGAUCCAGCGUCAGCGCCGAGAGGCCCCAGUGUGUGCGGCCUCCUCACAUCCCUAGAGGGGCACUCCCGGGGUCUGCGCCCGGCUUCGGUUCCCUCAUCUCGAGGGAAAAGCCCUGCCGGGACCCUCAAGACCCCUAGUCCUCUCGGGAGUUUGCUCAGGAAGUUUGGGGCAUGUGGGUCUCAGGCCACUACCUGAGCCUGGGAAAGUCGCCCCUUCCCUCUCUGUGCCUUAACUUAUUCUCGGGCCCUGGGGUUGCUGGGUUGGUGAUAUUUUGUGCUAAUAAAAGCGGUGCUUAAU